AUGGCAGAGGAAGUGACACAGGAGGUGAGCAGCACUGCCAUCAAUGCCGCCUUGAGCGCGUUGGCGUCAGCGGCACAGUGGCAGAGGGCGCUGCUGCUCUUCCACGGCGCCGUCGCUCCCACGGCGAUCGGCCUCGGCAGUUGCGCGGACGCCUGCGCACGCCGCACGCGGUGGCAGGCGUGUGCCCAGCUGUUGCGAACGGCGGAAGCUCAGUUGCUCCAGCCCGAUCCCACGACCUACAGCUUGGUCAUCAGCUCCUUCCAGAAAGCCUUGCAAGCGACGCCCAGCCCGGAGCUGCUGGGCGCCGUGCGGCCGAAGGUCUUCGCGCUCCUGCCGAGCAGAGCCUUCGCCGGUGGGCCGUUUGGCCCGGCCCGGAGGGUGGUGGAGGAGUCGCGUGUGAGAUGUGGAGCUGACGUGUGA